AUGGCGAUUGUGGGGAGGCGACGGCUCUUGCCAACCUUGGCGACAGCGGCAAGUCUCUGCACCGCAGGGGUGGGGGUUUAUGGUAUCGAGUGGAGCGAGACUACUUCCUCAUCGUCAGAAUACGUCUACUCUGCUGCCGUGGGGGAGCUGUUGACGAUCGUUAUUCAGCCCGGCCUGAGGGCGAAUAUCGAUUUCGUUGGGGAUCUGUCGAACCACUUCGCGGUGUCGUACCGACAAUGUUCUCUGGAUGACCCGCAGCCUCUCCAGAUCCAGUACUCGGAGAAGCUCAACUACUUGCCCUCCAUCGGGGGCUGUAUUUACGCCCAGAACGAUCUUUCCGUUCUAGGAGAGGACGGCUGCACCUUCUGGCAGUACAACCCGGAGGAGACGUACUCGAAGAGUGGCAUCGCCUACGAGGACACCGAACCACUCGAGGCGGGCCGAGUGAGGUUUGAAAACCAAGGGGCCGGAAACGCCACGGUGGAUGUGGUGAUGUUCUCGGAGGAAGUCCCCGUCCCAUCUGGAGUGGUUACCCAAUCCGUUUGGAUCGAGGACAGUUUCAUCAAGGAAGGGAGUUUGAUCAACACUACGGUGAACGUUUACUUCAACGACGACAACAACUACUGCGGUGGCUUCGGGUGCACGGUGGACGGGUACGUUAACGAUUACAUCGAGGGCCAGGACAGCUUGAGCCUCUGCCAGGUCCAGGACGGAGGCGAGCUGUACCACAAGGACGAGCCCUUCGAUCCCUACAUCCCCCUUAGCUUCGAUCUUCCUGAGGGCAACGAGUACUAUGUGACGGUGGUCGUUACCGCGAAGGAGUCAUCAAACCCGGCCAGCAACUACACUACGAUGGCAGAGUACGGGUUGGAUCAAGUGGUGGUAUUCCAGACCGAUACCACCCAGCCGGACAACGGCGCACGGGUCCUGGCGGGCCUGUCGCUCAUGUCUCUGUCCUGGUUGAUACUAUUCAACACGCUCAUGGCAUCGCUAGGAGCAACAAGCGGCGGCACUCAGGCGACGAUGCGUGAAACGGUAGUGCCAGCGACCGGCUGGUAG